AUGGAAGCACGCAAGGCACCGCACAACCUCUUUGAGGUUUAUCUUCGACUCCGACCACCGCCAACACGAAAUGGCGAUACCGAGCGCAUUCUUGAUGUCGAAUCUUCAGAGGACUCACACCCCACACAUGUAGUUCUGAACCCCCCGACCGAUCGACGAAGAGCCAUAGAAAAGUUCGCCUUUACUCAGGUGUUUGAGGAGGACGCUACACAACUCGAUGUCUUCCACUGCACAGAGAUUGUUCCUUUCGUUGAAGGUGUUUUGGCGCCCGAGGGUGGCGAGGGAACAGAUGCUGUUGUUGCUACCCUGGGUGUCACUGGUUCUGGAAAGACACAUACCAUCCUCGGCAGCAAGACUCAACGCGGCUUGACACAACUCACGAUCGACGUCCUCUUUCGAUCGAUUGGCGAAAACAUGAUCGACGGCAACUCUCUAUUCUCAGCUCAGGACUCACUGCAGGCUUGCGAUGGCGCAGAAUCCUCCUUGACUACCGCGCCGCAUUUUUUUGAUCCGCCAUUCCGCGACUCCGUUGCAUCAAGAGCGCCUUCACGCGCUGGAACACCUAUGCUUGUACGACCCCAGAUCUCGACUCCUUCCUUUGUCAAGUCCCCCACAAAACAUCAGCCCUCUAAGCUGGCCGGCAAGAUCCCAGGAGCAUUUCCAAGUGACUGCGCACCAAGUCCGAAAAGUGUACGACUUGUCAGCGAAGCCGAUGAGACUCUGCGCCUCAAGGAGCGAUAG